GCGAAUCCAAGAGGAGGCGGCCAAACGUGAUCACCGGAAGUUGGGUCGAGAACAGGGCCUCUUCUUCUUCCAUGAGUUGAGUCCCGGCUCUUGUUUUUUCACUCCAAAAGGGGCCCACAUUUACAACGCUCUCAUGGAUUUUAUUCGGAGCGAAUACCGAAGGCGUGGCUUUCAAGAAGUGAUUUCUCCAAACAUAUAUAACUUCAAGUUAUGGCAGAUAUCAGGACACGGAGACCAUUACGCGGACAAUAUGUUUAUAUUCGAUGUCGACAAAGAGAAGUUUGGAUUGAAGCCAAUGAACUGUCCUGGACACUGUCUCAUAUUCGACUCAGACGUCAGGUCGUGGCGGGAACUGCCCCUCCGAUUGGCCGACUUUGGAGUUUUGCACCGAAACGAGUUGUCGGGAGCUCUGACUGGUCUGACUCGUGUGCGUCGCUUCCAACAG